AACCUAGAAAGUUGUGAAACGUAACGUAUGAUAUUCGUAUAGGUAAUUUUCAUUAUUUACCAUGUCUUAUUUAUCCAGAAGAGAUAUAGACGAUUUAAAACCGUCAAUAGACAAGGUAGUGUAUAAAACUUUGGGUUCAAGUGAUUCUUCUGUAUUAAGAACAGCUGUAGACUGUAUAAGUAGUGGAUAUGAUAAACGUAAAACUGCUGAUAAAUUAGGAUCCUAUUUAGAUAACAAAAAAGCCUAUAGACUAGCAGAAAAAUUAUUCGAUUUAAUAGAAGAUUACAGAUCGUCCCAUCGUACAAAAAAAAGGUCUCAUGAUGAGGAACGGGAUAGGGAUUCAAAACGACCAAAGACAAAUAGUUCAAGACAUGAAGGCAAAGAAUCUGAGAGGCCCAGAAGUAAAAAUGAGGCGGGAGAGAAAAAAUUGUAUGAACCUCCACCAAGUAAAAACAAUGUGAGCAUAGCCAAUUUAAGUAUCCCACCUCCAAGUAUUUACGGCAUUCCUAUGGGGUUAUUAAAUCGCGGAGAUGCUGAUAAGGCAAGGAAGAUCGCUCAACUGCAGGCUCAGAUAAAAAGUAAACUGUCGACAGGGAUAUUAGCAAACGCCAUACAAAUUCCUAUUCAACCUAACAAACCGACUCCAUUAAUUUUGGAUGAGGAUGGGCGAACUGUGGAUAAAUCGGGGAAAGCUGUGCAGCUUACCCACGUUGCUCCUACGCUAAAAGCAAAUAUGAGAGCCCUUAAACGAGAACAAUUUAAGGGUACUUCUGACAAACACGCUGAAGAAAGUAGCGAAACUAGAUUUAUUGAUCCUCGAAUUGGUGUUAAACCUGCAAUACGCAUAAAACGAGCUCUAAGAUUCCAUGAACCUGGAAAAUUCCAGCAGCUGGCAGAACGCCUUCGUAUGAAGGCACAGUUAGAAAAAUUGCAAAAUGAAAUCUCUCAAAUAGCAAAGAAAACUGGAAUAUCUUCUGCUACCAAACUUGCGCUUAUAGCAAAAUCGGAAGGCCAUAGUGACGAUAUACCUCAAAUGGAAUGGUGGGAUUCCGUAAUUUUGGUAGAUGAUUUGGAAACUAUGGACGGAGAUAAAAUCGCUAUUAAGGAUUCUGUUAUCAAUACAUUAGUUGAGCAUCCGACUCAAAUGCGAUGUCCAACGGAUCCCAUCAAGCCAGUUUACAUGCCCGUAUUUCUAACGAAAAAGGAACGCAAGAAACUCCGUCGACAGAACAGACGAGAGAUGUGGAAGGAAGAACAAGAGAAAAUUCGUUUGGGAUUGGAACCACCACCGGAACCCAAACUACGAAUUUCUAAUUUGAUGAGAGCCUUAGGUACUGAAGCUGUACAGGAUCCAACCAAGAUCGAGGCUCAUGUGAGAGAACAAAUGGCGAAAAGACAGAAGACCCACGAAGAGGCGAACGCAGCAAGAAAGUUGACGGCAGAUCAGAAGCGGGAUAAGAAAAUAAAGAAAAUAAAAGAAGAUACCUCGUUGGGAACACACAUUUCAGUGUACCGCAUCCGAGACUUACACGAGUUGGCUUCGAAGAAAUUUAAAGUGGAAACCAAUGCUAAGCAGUUGUUUAUGACGGGUUGCGUUGUUUUGUAUCCUGAUUGUUGCGUGGUUGUUGUGGAAGGUGGGCCAAAGCAACAAAAAAGAUACAAAAGGUUGAUGUUGAACCGAAUAAAAUGGGAAGAAGACGUGGUGAAAGACCCGGACGGCAAAGAAGUGCCCAACAAAUGCGUCUUGGUCUGGGAGGGCACUUCCAAACAGAGGAACUUCGGCGAGAUGAAAUUCAAGAUAUGUCCGACUGAAAGGUUGGCGAGGGAGCAUUUCAAGAAGCACAGGGUAGAACACUACUGGGACUUGGCUUACAGCGGCGCCGUUUUGGAACAGGCCAACGAUACGGUUGAAUAACAGUUACUUACGCCUAACUCAGUGCAAAUUGGACUAUUAUAACAAAUAAUGUAGAUGUGAAGGGAAUGAACGCUGGAAAGUUUACCGAAAGUAAGUUUCUUAUGCACUAGAUGUCUAUUUUGUGAUAAUUUCCACCAAUUGUGUCGUUUAGGGCGAUUUUAAGUAGGGUUUCGACGAAGUGAAUAGCAACACAUUUUAAUGAGCUGUAAAUAAAUAGUGUUUAUCCUUUUGUCAGGUGCUUAAUGAAUCGAUGACGAGCCUUUUAAGGAGCGGUAGCAAUUUUCUAAAGAAAUGUUUAGGCUUUUUAAUAUGAAAAUUUCAUAUUAUCAUAAAAAAUAUUUUAUGCAAUAAUUGUUUUUUCUGUACAGAAACCUGUAAUAUACCAAUAUUAAUUUGGUCGGUACAUAUUUUUUAAUAUAAGUAUCAUGGCUAAUAAGAAUUCCUAUAAAUUUAUUGUUUGUAACAUA